AUGGAGGACGUGGAAAAAGAACACAUCUCAAACCUGCUGCUGCUUAGCUUCAUCCAAACCUGCACUCACCACAGUUUCCACGUAAAGCUGGAGGCAAUGGCCCAGGGACUGGGUCUGCAAACUUCUGUGAAUGAGAAUGCGAUGCUGCUCUAUGGGCCCAGCCAGCCCUGGGUGACAAGGGCAGCAGUGGUGAGACUGGGCGCAGCACUCGCCCGUUGUAGGGAGAGUGUGUUAAGCACAGUGGAUCUUGGACCCAUGAACGAGGUGGCUGAGAUUUUGGUGAACCCAAUUCUGUCAGAGAGUGACAGAAUACAAUGUUUGGAUGCCAGGCUACAGCGAAUACUCGUGCACGGACCUGAACACCACAGGAAUGAAAGGGUUUUGUUGAUACUGACCAUGCACAUGGCCAAAAUGUUGGCUGAAUACAUGCCGGAUCUGCUGCCAAAAAUCUUUCAGUUGUUUGGGAAACUUACCCAGAAACGCUUCCCCUGCGUGGAGACUUUAAUCCCGAACAAUGAGAUGCACUGA